UGAGCUGUUCUGUUUAACACCUCUGUUGCGAGGAAUAAGCAAGUGUUUAGAGUCGCAUGUGAAAAUAUAAGUGUUAUGAUUUUCAGUUGUUUGAUUUGAAUAAAAAAUAUAUUUCACUUAUUGAUCACGAACUGUUUUUAAUGGAGAAUGUUUCGACCUAGAUUAUAUUAAACACUUGUAGUAACAAGUUUCGUGAAUCCGCGCACCUGUUUGAAGGGAACAGCCAAAACAAUGCUGUCUGCUUGCCAACAGAAGUAGGCACGGUCUGCGAUGGUAGAGAAAGGGUGUCUUAAGCCUCUCAAAUGACGAUCUCCGUUAUUCGCAGGGAUAUGACAUCGGAAGAAAAUACAGAAUGUAGUCAUGAAUUUAAUUUCUAUUUGGAUAGACAGUUACAGAACAAAUUGAUUGAACAAGCUGAAAUUCUUCAAGCGGAUGAACUCUACUAUCAGUUCAACAUCAGUAAUACGGAUUCAAAGAAUGUGAAUUCCAAAGUUCUUGGGAAGAAUGAAGAUAUUCAAGGAUGGUUUGGCGAACCCAAAAUUGUGCUACGCAAACCUGAGAAAGAAAGUGUUAAACAAUCUCAGCCUUCAUGGCGUGAUUACAGAAACAAACAGGUUCCUACUCAGGAUCCCUUUGUUUUUAAACACUAUGGGGAUAUCCGAGCUUACAUUGAACAGUACCGCAGGGACCAUACUACUGGAUUAGGUUUUAAGUCACACAGUGCUUUGGACCGGAUGCAAGGAGAUGGCGUCCGUAGAUAUGGUCAGUCCCCCUCUAAUGUUCAUAUCCAGCACCAGAAUGCGUGUAACUGUGGUGCCCCUCCUUGUGCCUCAGAAGUCCAGAAAUACCUGACAGCUGCCUUACACUCAACAAAUAGAACUCUGACAUCCACCACAGGAUUUAAUCAUUCUCAAUCUCACGGAACACAAAGUGCCAAUUCUCAUCAAACACCCAGUACACCCCACACCCCGAAUGGACACAUUUGUACAAAGCACAACCAUCACCAUCAUGUCGAGAGAAAUAGCCAAGCUUAUAAGUACAAACUGUCUCCAGACUGUCAGACAAUGUGGUCAAGUCGAACCGACUCUCAGAACUCGGAGCGACUUGAUCAGCCCUCUCCUCGUAUGCAGUCGGCUAAAGUAUACACAUCUGGAAAAGUCCCUACCAAAGUGUCUGUUCCUGCUGCCCCUCCCAAUGGUCAAGUGAAGCGCCCCCCUAUAUCUGUCAGACCAAAACUGAGGAACACUUUCUUAGGUGUCAGCGCCUGGCGAUUGCCGAGUCGGGUCGGUUUGCAGGAGACGGAUAAACAGUAUAUCAAUUUAUUGCAGAACAACCCUAACAAACCGAUAGAGACAGUGGUGCCCCCUGCCAAUGGAGUUCGUACAUUAGAUACCCUGGCAUGUGUCGCCACAGACAAACAGAAGCAACGUCCUCUCACUUCCGCUGUAUCCGUGAGGUCACUGGGUCACGUUUUGUCUGACACCAGGGGUCGCACCAUAUUGCGACCGUCAACGGUUACCUCCACCGAGUUCUAUGAGCAUCCCAAUAACACGAAAAAUAGGGAUACCCCCAAAUCAGACCGGAUUGAUCUGGAUAUUGGAGCGUCAGUAUCCGAGGAUGAAGAUGUGGAUAACUCAGAGGAUAGUGACGCCAUCAGCAUAAGUAGACUAUCUACAGCAUGCCUUGGUGCAGACGUAAGAGUCAAAAACGAAUCUCUAGAACCUUCUUGUACCUACCACGUGUUUCCAACAGAAAUGAUGUUGGAUAGUAGCGUUACUGUUUUAAAUACUAGAAGUUUAACAUGGUACCCAUCAAUUUCAACUCCCCCGCAGCCGCGGCCCAGAACAAAGCAUUCAAAGAGGGACGCAACACCUUCUCCUUCUAUGCCAGAAAUCUCAGUGGCAGAGUGUUAUAGCCCGCGGUUGCUGCGAUCAAGAACAGAAGACAGAAUAGACUUUCCGAUGAUAAAGAAAGAUGGCAAGGGAAUGCUAGUGACGGCAGACAUAAAUAUUGGGGAACAAGCUAAACUGGAAUCUACCAGAACAGGGUCUGGCUUAGCAGACGAACUAGAACGCGAUAUAGAAACUCCUAGGAUAAUGUCAUUGAGAGAAAGUAAGACGAAGCUCAUGAAAAAUCUCCGAAAGAAGUAUGCUGGUUACGUCCAUAACAAAGGCAAGAAGCCUGUCCACAGGCCGACUGGUGCUCAGGACUCAAGUAGUGUAAAGAGUCUAAAAUCCGAGAGGACAGGAUCCAUUCAUAGCGGCAAAGACUCCAGGAAAAUCCAAACAGCGGAUCCAGCUCUACAUUACUGGAAGCUAGACGAACAGGGAGAAAUCGACAGAAAGUCCAUCUCCUCCCACAGAAGCAGCCGACAACGAGAAGCAGACGAGGAAUCCAUGAUCAAAGUUGCCGAGUACCUUCUGAGUGAUACCAACAUCCUGGCAUCUCAGGGUCAGGCACUGGACCAGUCGGCAGGUCACAAGACUGACGUGUCCUUGGCUGAAGGGAUGUGGUUUGACGCCAGCGGUAGGGCCUAUGUCAGCUUGGCGGCCCGUUAUGACCCCCUCAGAAAGUAGACUUUCAUUUUAAGGAGGAAGUCCCCGCGUCCAGUGAAUUAACAUGGUGUGAGAAACUGGAGUUACUUAGAGCGGUCAACAAGCCAAAAGAGAAACCGAGAGUGAAAAUGCCCAGACUAAAAUACAUAAAAGACAUGGUGGAACCCAUUCC